GUGUUUUUCGAAUGCUAAGAAGAAGCCUUGCCUCGCCUUUGACUCGGCAGGGCUUGUUCUACCAAGCACGAAUCCUCGACUUUGGAAACAGCUCAUCAGUAAAAAACAUGAAUAUGAACACAGGACUUUUAUUUUAAAACUAGGUCGCACGUAAGAUGACGUUAAGAGGACACGUGAUCUUUGUGUGUAUCCCACGAUCAGGCUUUCUUUAGCAGCCUCUUUUACAUGUUCCACUAAAUAUGCCGCAAUCGUGUUGUGUAGUUGGGUGUCGUAAUCGAAGAUAUUGUAAGCCUGGUUUAACAUUUCAUAAUUUCCCAGUGGACCCAGAAAGACGUGCAAAAUGGAUUGAGGUGAUAGGGAGGGGUAGACCCAACUGGCAACCCAAUGUUCACGCGCGCGUGUGUGGGGACCAUUUCGUGUCGGGGCGAAAGAGUGAGAAUCCCCGCACGUUGGACUACACCCCCAGCAUUUUCCCCGUGGUUGUUAAGACGGACACCGGGACCAUAACCUUACCAGCUAUGAGGGACCAUAAGACGACAGGUUUUGAAAGAAGAUCUGUAAGAGAGACAAGUUGGACAAGAGCUGACGACGUCCCUGUUACCCCUGGCCAAACUGUGGCAGAUCCAUGUGAAUCGUCUAAAGCACCCAGCACCCAAGUGAAAAAAGAGGAUGUUAUUGAAGUUAUCAUUGGGGAAACUGGAGAGAGGACAAAUACUACUAAUGUUUCUGAGUCACCUGAGACGUUCACCAUCGAGGGGCGCUACGGAGUGGGAACUUGGGAGCAAGCCACAGUGGAGACCAUCAUGAGCUUGAGGUUGCUAGGCACCAGAGUCACCACCACUCAGGUUGCUCAGACUAUAAUUGCAAAUCUCAAAGACGAGAACGACUUCCUUUGUGAGCAGAACGCUAACCUGGGGGCAGAACUGAAGGCGAUGCAGUGGAUGCAUGAACAGGAACUCCGUGAUCUCCAGGAGAGACUGGAAAUGUUGAAACAGAAGUGUUCAUGUGGGGCCAUGUCAGAAACUACAGACACCAGCUCAGAGGCGGAACAUUCGGAUGUCAUGGUUGCCGAGAUAAAGACAGAACCUCAUGAUAGUGGGUUGGACUUACAGGGAAAUAGCAUUUACUGAAAACAUUACAUGUUUUAUAUCAUAUUUUGUUGUAGAACAACAACUCACUCCUCACUCAUGAUUUCUUCAUGAAACGUAGAAUAGAAUGUUCUUUUUCUAGGGCCUAGAGCCAUUCUACACACAGUUAGAUGCAUAUUGAUGGCUUCUGAAAAUAGUUCAUUUGGUAUCUAAUAUAUUCAGGUUCCUAAAAGUUCCAGUGAAAACGUGUUUAUUAGUAUGGUUAGCCUUGUUUUAUUCAGUGUGUAUGAUCUCAUUAAAAGAUUAACAUGA